AUGUCUGACGUCCUCGGUAGUAGCAAGAGGGCAAGAGAGGAAGAUCUGGAGCAGGAUCACCCCGAGGUGGAGAAGGUGGCUUGCGAUCGAUGUCGUCAGCGGAAGACCAAGUGCGAUCGGGUCAACCCCUGUGUGCAGUGCCUCCGAACGGGGUCGGACUGUACUUACAACCGGGGACAUCAGCUCAGAGAGAAGCGACAACGCGUUCUUAUUUCUAGCGUCUACGAGCGGAGACUGGAGUACAUUGCGAAUAAGCUUGACCACCUUGCAGAGGUCGUUGGUCGACUGAGCCAUGAGCACGCCAGCCGUGCAACGCCAGCCGGACUGCGUUUGCCAUUGCAGCCCUCCUUUCACCAGCCCAGUAAGUCAUAUUCUUCUGCUCCGACACAGGCAGAAGGUAUCGAAUCCACCCUUUUCGCUCAUGUGAUCUACACUGCGAAAUGCCUCCAAGCGGCGGUGAUGGACCCCCGUCUCCCCCAUAGCGAUGCCCGCGAAUUGACUGCCGCGCUGAAUAGCCUGUGGAGCACGAUAGCUGCACAGAAGCAGCAGAACCAGGCCCUGGAAUCCUCGCAGCCAUUCGCCAAGGUAUUUCCCCAAAGCUUGACCGCAGACUUCAAAGACCUGCCGAUCCCCUCCCUAGACCGGAUCAUGGCAUGCUUGAGACUCGCUCACGAGUGCUCGCCCAGUCGGCUCUAUUGGCCCUUCGAGUUCGGAUCCCUGGGCGACUUCACCCACUACGUGAUCCGAGCGUGCUCGCCGGGCCCGAUCACCGAGAUGGAGCUGGUCAUUGUGCACUACGUUCUUGCCUGGCUGUUCACCGAAUGUGCGAACCUCACGGGAGGCGACCCCCUGCUCAAGCAGGACUACGAGGUCCAGGCCCUCAUCUGCCGACAGAGUCUGGAAACCCUUCUUGGUAGUCUGUCCUUUCAUGUAGCCACGAGCUUGGACGCUGUGUGUGCUAUGUACAUGGCUCACGGGAAACCUUUCACCGCGUGGUCCUUCAUCACCCGGGCUGCACUCAUCAGCCAGGCCCUCGGAUUACACAGCCGUCAUGCCACCAUGGGCCUGGCUGGACUGGAAGAAGCCGAAGAGGAUGACAAUGAUGAAAAGCAGCGGAAGACGCUCCUCUUCUGGGCGGUCUACGUCCUCGAGAAAGCUCUCGCCCUGCGUCUGGGCCGGCCGUCCACGAUCCACGACGCCGACAUCACACUGCCCAAACUCCGUCUCGACCGCCGCAUGGCCUCCCUCCUCCACAACCGGCUGCCGGACUGGAUCGAGGUGGCCGGUCUGUACGGACGGGCGUACGACGAGAUCUGUAGUCCGAAGGCACUGGCGCAGACGGCGGAUGUGCGGGAGUCGCGGAUCCGCGCUGUGGCGCGAGAGUGGGAGGGUGUCAUUGCUGCGAGGGGGGAGUUGUAUAAACACCCCGACCAAUGGACCAGCCAUGUCCUUCCCCGCGGACUGAGUGAGUUCAUCGUCCACGCCAACCGCGCAACCGAGUACUCGGUCCUGGCGUCGAUCCAUCGAGCUAUCCCUUCAGGCAAGGAAACCCAAUCUCCAGCGCCUUUCUCUUCCAUCAACGGUGCAACGAAACCCAAUCCGGAAUCCCUCGCUGCAGCAAGACUCUCCCUCGCCGAGACAGACGCCUGCAUCGCCGCCACGUUCGCCGCCGACGCCGCGACGUGGUCGUCUUCCCCUGCCUUCGAUACCUGGGUCACCGAGAACUUGCUGGUUGCGCCGAUCAUGCCGUUCUUGAUUCUGCUCGGCGGGCUCGUGCACUCGCCUUGUGCGGAGGAGUCGGAUCUGGAUGUCCUUAGGCGGAUCGUUGAUGGCGUGGGUCGGAUGGAGCGGGUGGCCCGGUACGCGCGGUGUCGGAAGUAUGGCCGGGUUUUUCGGGCCUUGUAUGAUGUUGCUGCUGCGUUGGUAGGAGUGAGAGUCAAAGAGGGGAUAGAUGUGUAUAGUGGAGAAAUGGGAGUUGGUGUUGGUGAGGGAGGGGAUUUGAGUGGGCUGGGGGAUCUGGAUGCAUUUUUGGAUUGGAGUGGGGUUGAAUAG